AUGGCUUUCCAGAAUCUUGAGAGGACUGUAGGUGCGAUGUCAGAGAAGUUGAGUCAGAGACCCCCUGGUGGUCUCCCUAGUAGCACUGAGGGUAAUCCAAAUGCCACUGCAAAGGCUGUUACUACGAGGAGUGGUCGAGGAGCUGUAGAGGUCGAGCCGGUAGUCGAUGAGGACCCGGAGGUCGACGAGGUGAUUGAGAUGGAGACCCCAGCUGGCAAAGUGCACCCUAGGCUGCGCCCAGCAAGUACAGCACAGUCCAGCGGGUCGCCAGUAGAGAAGAAGGAUGCAGAGAAGGAGCCGAUGAGGGUGUAUAAGCCGACACCCCCUUACCCUGGUAGGUUAGUGAAGGGUAAGGACGCGGAGCAGUAUGGUCGUUUCAUGGAGAUGCUGAAGAAGUUACAUGUGAACAUCCCGCUCGUCGAGGCUUUGGCGAAGAUGCCGAAGUAUGAGAAGUUUUUGAAGGAUCUUCUUACGAAUAAGAAGAAAUUAGAGGAUCUUUCGACUGUCACCCUGAGUGAGGAGUGUUCUGCUAUCGUGCAGAACAAGCUGCCAAAGAAAAUGACUGAUCCUGGUAGCUUUACCAUAUCAUGUCUGAUUGGGAAUCUUACUGUCAGCAAUGCGCUUGCUGACCUAGGUGCUAGCAUAAAUCUCAUGCCCUAUUCCAUUUUCGCUAAGCUUGACCUAGGAGAGCCUUCCCCUACGCGCAUGAGUAUUCAGCUCGCCGAUCGAUCGGUGAAGUUUCCUAGGGGCAUCGUGGAGAACAUGUUGGUGAAGGUCGACAAAUUCGUGUUUCCAGUUGACUUCGUCAUCCUUGACAUGGACGAGGACUCUGAGGUCCCACUGAUAUUAGGUCGUCCAUUCCUUGCCACGGCACGAGCACUCAUUGAUGUGUACGACGGCAAGUUGACUCUUCGAGUAGAUGAGGAUGAGGUCACAUUCGACAUUCAGCGUUCUAUGAGGCAUACCCAGCAGCAUGAUGACACUCUAUACUUUAUCGAUACUCUUAUGUCGCAUGUGGGUAGCCUUCUCAGCGAGAUUUGUGGGAGAGAUGCGUCUGAUACGCAUGAUGCUAGUAUGGAUGAUCAGGGGAGUGAGGUCACUGAGUUAGAUGUUGAGCAGGACCCUCUGUUGCAGGCUACCGAGCCUUCCCCUAGAUUCGAGGUGUUUGAGGUUAUCGAGGAGGAGGAGAUUCCGAAGGAGAGACCGUCUGUUGAGGCACCCCCGCCUCUGGAGUUGAAGGAGUUGUCGUCUCAUCUGGAGUACGCAUUCUUGGGCGAGGGAUCGCAGUUACCCGUCAUCAUUUCUGCUUGA